AUGAAACAAGUGCUGCCACCCUCACCCAUCGAUGGCAUCCAUAACAACAGCACCGUGACAUCUACAACAACAACUACUACGACCACCACCUCUUCGCAGCGACAUCAUCCACACUCUCAACCAAUUUACGUUACGGACGUGCAUGGCUCUGUUGAACCUCACAAUGACGAUUACGACGACGACGACGAUGCUUGCAGUGAUGAUGACAGUAUCAUUGUUCAUUUCACAAAACGAACAUCAUUGAAACCACUUCAACUCUCAACACUGCAACAACACGAACAAGAGAUGGACAGAAGAAGUAAAUCUUUAAAGAGUACUACUAGUGCUGCCAUGACCAUUCCUGUUGUUUCGAAUACGACCCAACGCCACUUGGCUCCAACCACAACCAUCUUUACCAAAACCACUUCAAAAACCUCGACUCGUUCCACUCAUUCCUCAACAACGUUUAGAAUUCCAACCUGUUGUGGAGUGAUUGAAUUGAAUCUUGUUAGAUUCUUGUCACUGUUUGGUAUGAUUGUGAAUAUUUGCUGUUUUCUAGCAGUUGCAGUUGUGGUUGGAAAUUCAUUCAAACUCGAAGCGAAAAAGGAAAUUUCUCUCCUUCUACAGAGAGCAAGUUUUUUACAACUCUAUGAUCAGAUGAAUUGUAUGGUACGACUGGCAGUCACAACAGGAUCACUCUCCUACAUACCCUUGUAUGAGGAAAAACAAGCAAAUUCCUCUCGUGUUCUAUUGGAAAUGUCUAAAAAUUUACCCGCGGAUGUAUUGUCAAAAACCAAAUUCGAUCCCAAAAGCCCAGGAUAUAUCAAGUACAAUCAACAAGCGAUGGAAUCAGUUCGACAGGGUGAUUUACUCGCUGCAAAUAAGAUUUUGAAAUCAUUCAAUUACCAAGUAUGGGAUGGAUAUACCACAUACUUUAUCGUCUUGGUGGAUAACGAGAUCAAGAAACUCAGUGAACAAAAACAAGAAUAUUUGAGAUAUGCCAGUACUGUCAAUAUGGUACUGGUAUUAGCUGGAGUUGCUCUUUCUAUUCCUAUUGUCAUUACCAUCUUUGUAUUGGCACUUACAAGCGAGCAGGCAUCUUCUCGCAAGCUCAAGAAAGCAACUUCCAUCAUGAUUCUGGAAACUUUAAGUAAUGAAAAGACUAGUCGAUUAUUUAAGGAAUUUUGUGAAAAGGAAAACAAGUUAGACAAGUAUACCUUCUUGGAGAAUUGUCACACUUAUCGUGAAAUGUGUGACAAGUCUGUCGAGUUGAGACGUACAAAAUUAAAUAUUGGUGAUGAAGAAUCGAAUAGAGAUCAAAUUAAGGAUAUUGAAAAGAAUAAGUAUGAAAUGGCAUUUAAGAUUUUCACAGAGUUUAUUGACAUUAAUGGAGAAAAUCCAUUUCCAAGCUCUGUGAAAUUCCAAGACAAUAUCAAGAAUAAGCUUGAUGAAUUCUCUACAGACAGUCCAACAUUGGAUGAACAUUUAUUCGAUGAAUUGGAGAAGGACAUUUGUGAUUCCUUAACUGAUUCUUUCAUGAAAUUCAAGAAAGAAUUGAGAAAGAAGCAAAAGAAUAAACAGUAA